AUGGCCUCAGCCUCCUUGACGGGGAACUCCCGAAGGCGGCAAGGAGAAAAAGAAAAAGAAAAGGAAAAGAGCAGAAGCAAAGACCGAGGCGGCAGCAGUCUUGAAAGGCUGCAAACUAGUGAGACUCUGCAGGCCCUCCCCUUCACCGAAACUCGAAGAGAAGUCACCGGCAGCGACCUCGCCUCUGCGUGGUCCACUGGAGACAUUUCGUGGCGGCUUUGGCGGGACUUCGAGGAGCAGCAGGAGCGGCAGCAGCACCGGCCUGCGAAUCUGCACAGCAGCCAGCAGCAGCACGGGCAGCAGCUGCCCGGCGAGGCGGGCUUCACCAUGUCUGCCGGCUUCGCCUCCGACCCGGGCCUCGCCACGCUCGUGUCUGCUGCUGCCAACCCGCAGCAGCAGCAGCAGCAGCAGCAGCAGGCGAAGCACAGGGCCCACAAGACCCGACACGCGCACCGCCAGUGCAGCAUGAUGUCCCACGGCAGGGGCAAGGGGGCCCGUUUCAAAGUGCCCAAGUCCUUCCGGCGGUGGCUAGUGUCGCAGUACCAAGGCCCCAGCGGGUCUGGGGGCCCUAGCCAGGCAGCAGCAGGGGGGGCCCCCGGGGGCCCCAAGGCCCCGGGGGGCCUCGGGGCCGAGGCCGCAACUGGGGAGCGGCUGCGGAGGCUCAUGCUGGCCUCCGAGCCCUGGGCCAGUGUGGACAUGACCUUCACCGUUUCUGCAGAACAUCUGAACCGCCUCGAGGGCACCACGGACUCCACACUGGAGCCCUGGCGGGUGGAGGCUGUGGGGCGAAAGGCCUCUCUUUCCGAUGCCACUUUGCUGGAUGUCAGGGCCACUUGGCUCAACUUAAACUUCAACGUGGCCCUCCUGGAUGCCCUUCUGGUCUACGGCUACGCGCUCAUAGGGGUUGUGGUUAGGCAGCGCACUUUGCUGCACCUCAACAGCCGCAGGCUUGGGCCCAAGCACUCGCCCGGGGGGCCCUCGGGGGCCCCCUCCCAAGGGGGGCCCCCCGCCGCCCGCGAGCCCAACGUCCCCACGCAGCACGGGGGCACACUCCGGAGGCCUGAGUCCGUCGAGACCCGCAGCGCCCGCGUAGGAGCUGCUGCGCCCACAGAGCGAGGGGCCUCGGAGCCGCGGGGGGCACUGCAGCAGCAGCAGCAGCAGCAGCAGCAGCUGCAGUACCAGGGCCUCUGCGGCUCUGAGGGCAGCGAGCUGUCGCGCGCACUGGAUGCAGCAACAGCAGCAGCUGAGGUGCCGGGCUACUAUGCAGUGCUGCGGCCAGACGGGACAGUUGUGGGCAGCAGCGGCUUUGACUUGUUUGUUCCUCUCGAGGAUGCAUUAUCUCUGGAGCUUCUGGGAGACCAUUUGCUGCAGCGGUCUUCAGUCCGCAUGUCCCCCUGUGCAGAGUUCGCAGGGGACCAGCUCAAAGAGGCGCAGCAGCAGCAGCAGCAGCAACAGCAGCAGCAGCAGCAGCAUUCGCAACACGCGCCAGCAGCGGCCCCCGAGGAGGCGGGGGAAAAGGAUGCCGGAAGGCCUGCGCAGCUGAGCCAUCCCCAGCAGCAGCAGCAGCAGCAGUCUCACACUUCUUCUGCUGCAGCUUCUGCUUCAGACGGAGGCAAUCCCGCAGCAGCUCCCAUGGGCAAGGACCAAAACAGCAACAAUCCCCUGCUUUACAACUUGCUUGGCCAGCCGAUAGCCAUCAUGACAGACCUGCACAUCGAAGACGGGGCGGACGUGCUGAGCGGCAGCUGGAGCGUGGUGAAGGACCAGGGCAGUUUCUCUUUGCCUCUGGACGAAAACGGGCGCGUGUUGCCGUUUUUGGUGCGGCUGCGGCUGCUGAAUUAUGUUUACGACUUGCCUUCGAAGAUCUUUUGCUUCACCACCGAGACCCGCGAGGUGGUUCGCCUUUCAGUUCCUGAGCAGCCGCUGCCCCCCACAAUUCACAUGCAGCACGAGACGGGUGCAGAGGGUGGCGACGAGGCCUCGGACGUGCCCCGGAAGAGGGGCGCCUUUGGGCGGGGCCCCCGGGCAGCAGGG